AUGACGCCAGCAGUGAUCGACGACACUACUUUAUACGCCGUUCUGGCACCGUUCGCCGCAGCCGUGGUCGCUCCGUUUUUGACGCGCUUGCUCAAACACAAUGCGGCCUGGCCACUUGCGCUGGUGCCGGCACUGAUCUUCCUGCAUUUCGUUGGUUUCAUCGAGCCGGUGUCCCGGGGAGAGACGUUCGUGGCGGCCAAGGCGUGGGCGCCCAGCUACGGCAUCAAUUUUUCGGUUUACGUCGAUGGCCUGUCAACACUCUUCGGCCUGCUGAUCUCAGGUAUCGGCACGUUCAUCAUUCUCUACGCGGGCGGUUAUCUGAAAGGGCAUCCUCAGCAGGGACGGUUCUUUUCAUUCCUGUUCAUGUUCAUGGGAGCGAUGCUCGGGCUCGUGCUCGGCAACAACCUGAUCUCGCUGUUUAUUUUCUGGGAGUUGACGUCGAUCACGUCGUUCCUGCUGAUCGGCUUCGAUCACCUUCGUGCUGCCUCCAGAAGAGCUGCAAUCCAGGCGCUUGUUGUGACCGGCGGCGGCGGGCUUGCCCUGCUGGCAGGCUUCAUUCUGAUCAUCUCCGCGACCGGCGAGAUCGAGAUGUCCGUGCUGCUGGGCUCACCGGACAUCAUCAAGGAUUCGGGGCUCUAUCUGCCGAUUUUCCUGCUGGUUCUUGGUGGUGCUUUCACGAAGUCGGCUCAGUUUCCGUUCCAUUUCUGGUUGCCGAACGCGAUGGAAGCGCCGACUCCGGUUUCCGCCUAUCUCCACUCCGCGACCAUGGUCAAGGCGGGCGUCUACAUGCUGAUGCGCAUGCAUCCGCUUCUCGGAGACACGGUACUCUGGACUACCGUGCUGCCCUUGUUCGGCGGUGUGACGCUUCUGGUCGGAACGAUCCUUGCGGUCCGCCAGACGGACCUGAAGCUGAUGCUGGCCUAUACAACGGUGGCCUCGCUCGGGCUCCUCGUGAUGCUCACCGGCACCAGUCAUGAAAAAGCUCUCGAAGGCGCGGUUCUAUAUCUGCUGGCCCAUUCGCUCUUCAAGGGGGCGCUCUUCAUGGUCGCCGGCACGAUCGAUCAUGAAGCAGGGACGCGGGAUGUUACCAAGCUCGGUGGUCUCAGAAAGGCAAUGCCUGUCACCUUUGUGGCAGCCUGUCUGGCGGCACUUUCCAUGGCCGGACUGCCACCCUUUAUCGGUUUCAUAGCCAAGGAAGUGCUCUACUACGGGACCUGGGGUUGGCUGGAACUCGGAUUGCCAAUCACGAUCACGGCCGUCGUCGGGAACUCGCUUAUGCUGGUGAUAGCGGCAGCGGUGGCGAUCAAGCCGUUCUUCGGGCCCAAGGUCGAGACACCCAAACAUGCGCAUGAGGGACCGGUGCUUCUGUUUGCCGGGCCUGUUGUGCUGGCACUUACCGGCCUUUUCCUGGCAUUCAUCGCUCAUACGACCGGUAUCCUGUUCGUCGGUCCGACCCUGUCGUCGCUGUUGGGUACCUUCACCGAGGUGGAUUUGCAUCUGUGGCCUACCAAGAUCAACGCGCCCUUGAUCCUGUCGGUCAUCACUAUCGGUCUCGGUAUCUUUCUGUUCACUCAACUGGACAGGCUGCGCGAGAUCAUCGCGUCCAUCCUCAAGUCGAUCGGCUGGGGACCGGACCAGGGGUUCGACCAGUUCGUGAGCGGGAUCGUCCGGUUCGCCACAUGGCUGACCAGGCUGGUUCAGACGGGCAAGAUGCAGACCUACAUGCUUCUGACUUUCUUUUUCACGGCACUGGCGGUGCUGCUGCCCGGCUACCUGACGAACAGUUUCCCGGCAAUGCCGAAACUUCCAGAACACCGCUUCUACGAGUGGGGCAUUCUCCUGAUCGCGGUGCUCGGUCUUUUUGCAAUCCUGGUUGCCAGAACCCGGCUGACGGCCAUCGUGUCGCUUGGUGUCCAGGGCUUCGCCGUGGCUCUGAUCUUCAUGAUGUUCGGUGCUCCGGACCUUUCCUUCACGCAGUUCAUGGUGGAAACGCUCUCGGUCGUCAUUCUGGCGCUCGUGAUGACACGCCUCAAUCUAUCGCCACGUGACCAUCGCACCGUUCCGGCGAGACUGCUGGCGGGUGUUGUUGCGGUUGCCGUCGGGCUUGGCCUUGGGUUGACGCUGCUUUCCAUCACGCAACAGCCGUUCGACAGUACCUUGUCCGUGUUCUUCACGGAAUUCAGCCGGUCGAUUGCUCACGGACGCAACAUCGUCAACGUGAUCCUCGUUGAUUUCCGCGGAUUCGAUACGCUCGGUGAAAUCGCGGUCGUCGUCCUGGCCGGUCUGUGUGUCCUGGCUCUCAUCAGGGUGCGGACCAAACCGGAUACCGUGCUGGACCCGCCGCCUGAACGCACCGGUCAAUCUCAAAAUGCGGAGGCUCGCUGA